AUGGAACGUUGGUUAAAUUUAAAAAGGAAGAAUUCUGACGUUGAUGAUGAAAAAACUCCGUGUACGAGUAAAGAAAAGUCAACAAAACUUCGUAAGUAUGAUAGUUAUUAUUUAUCAAUGGGUUUCACGUCCAACGGAUCUGAAGAAGAACCAAAACCUCAAUGUGUGACUAAAUGUGUAGGAGUUAGUACAGAUGGUGCUCGAGCAAUGUCAGGAAAAUUUACUGGAUUAAUUGCACGGAUUAGAAAUAUCAUACCAUCAGUCACAUGGCAUCAUUGUUGCAUUCAUCACGAAGCCAUAGUUUCCAAAAAAAUACCAAUACAUUUGAGAACAGUUUUGGACGAUGCUGUAAAAAUUGUGAACUUUAUAAAAGCAAAAUCAUUGAAUUCAAGAAUUUUCGAACAACUUUGCAAAGACAUGGCUAGUGAACAUUAUCAACUUCUGUUGCAUUCUGAAAUUCGUUGGUUAUCUCGAGGAACACAUAUUACAAUUUUCAAAGUUGAAGAUAAGAUUGAAGCGAUGAUUAAAAAGUUGGAACUGUGGAGUCUUCGGCUGUCAAAGAAGAAUUACGAUCCAUUUCCAAAUAUCAAAAAUUUUAUUGAAUCAACUGAAGAAGAAUUGUCAGAUAAAGAUUCUAAAUAUUUCAUACAACACAUGGGUGAUAUGCAACGUAACUUUCGUGAUUACUUUCCUGUUCCAGAUAUAAGUAGAAAUUGGAUUCGACAACCUUUUGAAAUUGAUAUUCAUCAAAUAAAUGGACUGACAUCAUUGGAAGAAGAUAGCCUUGUAGAAAUGUCUACAGAUACUAGUUUAAAAAUGCAGUUCAAUCAAAAGUCAUUAGAACAUUUUUGGUUGCAUGUUCGAAAGGAUUAUCCACAAUUAUUGAGUAAAGCUCUGAAAGUUUUGAUUCCAUUUCCCACAACUUAUUUAUGUGAAAAAGCAUUCUCCGCCCUCGUUUAUAUUAAGAAUAAGUUUCGAAACCGAAUAGAAAACGUAGAAUCUGAACUACGAUUAAAGCUUUCGAGUAUUGAGCCCGAUGUUCAAAAACUCGUAACUGAAAUGCAACAUCAACCAUCGCAUUAA